AUUCAUGCGCAAUGCCAACGAACCAUCAGUGUUAAUCUACUUUACUCCGAAACAGAUCUAAAAUGGGGUUGAUCCCAACACUGAUCGUAUUGUUGUAUGUGUUUGAAUCGUGUUUUACCGGCAGUUCUAAUUCUGAACAUCCGAUUGCAGCGCUGGUGCUAGCCCGUGGUGGAUCAAAGGGUAUACCAUUGAAAAAUAUCGCCGAAAUACAACCGAAUCAAACACUGUUAGGGCGUGCUCUGGGCACAAUCCACCAGUCGGGUGUGUUUGAUUCAAUUUGGGUGUCGACUGACCAUGAACAGAUUGCUUACGAAGCUGAUCGUCAUGGUGCUGCAGUGUUUGCCCGGUCAGCAAUGCACGCACAGGACCACUCAACAUCAUUGGAUGCGGUGCGUGAGUUCCUAGAUGCACAUCCGGAGAUACACAAUUUCGCGUUAAUUCAAUGCACCUCGCCGUUUCUGCGGGCUCAUUAUUUGGUAACAGCAGCUCAUCAAUUUCAUUCGCGUAUGAACGCUGGAAUGGAAAACGCACCAGCGUGUACAUUUAGUGUAGUUAGAAGCUAUAAGCUGCGCUGGAAGGAAGAUGUCGAAACUGGCCAUUUAAAGGCGAUUAACUUCGAUCCUUUCGCCCGCCCACGACGCCAGGACUGGCCGGGUGAACUGGUGGAAACAGGUAUGUUUUACUUUGCCGACCGACGGCUAGUGAUGGAGAUGGGAAGUUUUCAAAGCGAAACAUGCACUGUAGUAGAGGUAGACGAGCAAGAUGUGCUAGAAAUUGACAACUGGAGGCAUUUGACCUUGGCGCGUAUUUUGCUCGGUAUGGAGUAGCAUGUUAAAUGUAGAGUUUUCCUAUUUAAUGUGUCGCAUCACACUUCUCAUUCCUGUAACGACUCAGGCCUAAUCUUUUUUAAAUACCGAUCAGAGCUUCAUGAUAAUAGCAAAAUUGAUGUAGCCAGUAUUAAGUAUGUAUGAUUGCGCUAAGGAGGGAAAAGAGCCACCACCUAAACUGCACCGAAGAUACCGAAUAAAAUUUCCUGUAAUAUGAGGUUAUCAACUUUUAAAUACUACAGUUUGCUUCAUUAAUAGAUAAUUGUUGUACAUCGUAGCACACAUCAUUUGAAGAAGUAUAUGAUACUCGGGGACGGUCUGGUGGUACAGUCGUCAACUCGUACGUCGUAACAACAUGCCCGUCAUGGGUUCAAGUCCCAA